GCCGAUAAAAUAACACGAAUGCCCCGAGGCAAAAUGUAGGCCAAAAUUAGUGAAAAGCCAGUUCAAAGUCACAUUUAAUAGAGGGUUGUUAUGGUGCAACAAUUGAAUUUUUACUGAAUAAAUAGGGUGGACGUUGUGGGCGGAUAAUCGAGAAUUCGAGGUGGACUAAAUAUGUAGCUAAAAUAAAUGGUAUAAAAGCAAAUCUUCUCUCCAACAUCCUAGCUUUCAAUACUACUUCCAUCUGGUCGAGGACUCAUCGCUUCGUUGAAAUAAGGCGGAAUGUACGUGUGUUCUGUUCGUACAGGAACACCACUUGGCAAGUUCGAGGCGCCGAUGUCAAUACCGCUUUGCAAGAAGAUUAAGCCGAUAAAGUUGCCGCUUCCGUCCAAAGUGCUUCAACACUAUCCAAACUCUAAAGAGGAAACAUUCAUGGUUGGCUUCCAGAAACCUUCAUGUUGUUGUUGCUUUAAUCGAAAGCAGAAACCGCAGUUCAUGCGAACAAUCUUCGUUUCUACUGUAAAUGACAAGUUGCUGUUGAUCUACGAUAAGGAAAAGAAUAACGGAAAGAAGAAAAAGAAGAAGAGCGGUGCUUCGACAAAAAGAGAAGGUUAUAGCUUUCAGUUAAGCUCUGCUACAAGUUUGAAGAUAAAGAAAAAUGCACUCAUCUCUAAAGUGUCUAAAUAUACAAAUCAGGAUGAACAUCAUUGUAUUCUGGAAAUUAGCUUCAAAUUUGGUAUGUGUUUUAUUGGAAUGGAUGGAGAAAAGAUUAUUUGUAACUGAAUGGUGCCCGGUGAUUUUGUGCGCUUUUGAUC